UUUUAAAAGAAUUCUCAGUGAAUUAAUUCAUUUCUGAUGAAGCGCGAGAAAUUCAAAAUAUUUUGCAGAAACGAACAAGGAAAUAUUUUAAUUCCAAAACAGUCGAAUAUUGUUGAAGAAUACACCAGUCCGAGUGCAUAAAAGAAUACACCAGGUCCAAGUGUAUAAAAGUAUUUAAUUGAGUAUCAGCUUGAGUCAUUGAAAUAUUGCAGUUGUCGUUACGUCAGAGAGUAAUUUUUAUCACGAACAAAUGAUUUCUUAUCUCUAAUCCCUCUGUCCGGUUGGUUGUGUCAAAGCUGAUUGAGUAAUAAAAAUUCCGGAUCCAGAGGGGGACCUAACGGUGCACAGGCGCUCAAAAUGCACGGAGCAAAGCGGGUCCUUAUUUUCUGCCUCCUGACGACAUUUGUACCGAUAUUUUUAUUGGUAAUGCCGCUUUAUUUGAGGCACAAGCUGUAUGCCGACGUCAUAUACGCUGUCACCGAAUCGGAUAUCAUGGAGAUUAGCGAUGGAGUGUCAACAAUGUUUUGCUCCGCUCACACACUCUCGAUGACAAACAGCACCUUCAACGCCUUCCAAAUGGGUCAUAAACCCGAAGUAACAUCCUAUCGCAAACACAUAAGACUGAAGAAGAGCAUGACCUUGCCUGACGAUACCCUGGAAUACUGGGGCUUUUAUCUUCUCCGAGGAGCGACUGUCGCACUCUCUGUUUGCUCAAAGUCACCAGGGGCAUCGAUUCUCGUGGUGAAGGGCCAGAGGACCUUGAGCACUUGUGGUCUGCUGGACCAUAACCAGAACAAGGCUCGACGAAACGGGAUAUUCCUGUCAUCAGCGCAAAACCAAGUGAAAAUAACAUUCGAGACGAACGCUCAAUUGAUUGAGACUCGAGCAUCCGGCGGGCAAGACAGCCCCCAAGAGGUUCUACCGACACCAUCUGCAGGGAUUUCGAGUCCUGAUCCUACUCCAGAGCACGUGAAAAUCCCCUCCGAGACUCUGAAUCGUCUGAGCCCCUCCGUCCAGUCCUACAUCGCAGAAUUAAUUUCCUCCCGAGACUCCAAGACUCCGAAUCGAUCCCAAAAUUAUGGUCCCCAAGUCUCACGACGGGUUAGACACGUGAGGAAGAGAUUUGAUGAAAAAAUUUAUGAUGGGGGUGAAUUCAAAGGCGUGGAAUCGCCAGAGAAAUUGAAUAGAAUUAAAAAAAUAUCAAUUAAAAAUGAAGAAAAGGAAGACUUCCUUGGACAUUCCUCCUCUCCUCUUCUCUCUCGUUCCCGUCGAUCCCCAAUCCCCACGACUGCCCUUCCAGCUCCCAAUCCUCUAACCCCAACACAAAAAAAUUAUUUUUUCGCGCGUACGUCGGAUUAUCUGAGGAUGUUGACCUCAAAAAAGCAAAAAUCCCAAAGAACAGACGAUAAAAUCCAACAGCUCAAGUCCCAGCUGGAGUCUCCAGGCAUCGACGUAGCAGCAGAGGAAGACAGCAAGGGUGAGAAGAUCUACAUCUCCCACAAGUACAAGCCCUCGACUGUUCACCGGGUAGUGAAGCGAAGUCAAGAGCCCGUGAAACCUCCAGCUCUGCUGGAUAGAGGUGUGAAACACGGUGGCAAUGCCUUCAUCAUCCCCGAGAAGGAUGAGUCCUCGGUGUCGUCCUUCGAGGAGGGCCUCUUCGACUGCUACGAGGGGAAUAUCCUGUUGGCAGCAAAAUUCCCUCAGACCAACUGCCACAGCAUCGAUGAUCUUUUCAAUGGCUCUGGCCUUCACAUGCAGACACAUCACAAUGUCACCGAGGAUGGGUACUACUACUACAUCUUCUACAGCGACAAUGACUUCGUGUCCAAUGAUAUUCACGCUGUAUUUGAUAUAUGGAAGCCGACGUUUCAGUAUGAAAACGUCACCAAGAGCUGCGUUAAUGUCAGUGAGUGCACGUUUACGUUGGAUGUCAUGUCUAAUGACAGAGUCAUCGUGGAAAUGCCCACCAGGGAUGGCAUCGAGCACGAGGACGAUGACAUCUCGUUGCUCUUGUCUGUUUGUCAUCCCAGGGUUGGACUUUACGUAUUUUUUCCUAUUGCUGUUCUGUUGUUUAUUCUCGGUUGUGCGUUCUUGUGAGGAAAGCCCGGGAUUCCCACGGGAUUUUUUUUUUGCAGGAAUUUUUAUUUCAGUUCUUGAUUGAAUCCUGGGAAUUGGAUUCCAGUAAUUCUGGAGAAUUUAUAGAAUUCUUCAUUGUUUUGUACAAAUUUGAUUAAGAGACGGAGUGCAGAGAGAAAAUAUGAAAAUUAUUGGCUUUAAGGAAUUAAUUGUUGUCAUUGUAUAUAUACGUCAGACAAUCUAUAUUUUGUACCUAUGAAUUUUAUGUAAAUAGUGGAGUAUAUAGAAAGUAUUUAUAAGAGCGUUAAUGAUGAAUAAAAUAAUUUUCGGAAGA